AUGGCAGCCAGGUUCUUAUAUACGGUACUACUACCCCAGGUCGCAGAGUAUGUGGUAGUAGAUCCUUGUGAUGGUGAUACUUCUUGUCAGAGUUACAUCAAAGUUCUUUUGGAGAUUCCUCCAAGCAAUGAUGAUCUACUUGUGUGUGGUUCUACUACUGUCAUAUCUAAGUAUGAUUGUUAUAAUGUGUCCUCUUCAAAUUCUUUGACAACCUCAAUAGACCCAGAAUAUAUAUGUUCUGUUCACUAUCUGGAAAACACUACAGCUGUAAUUGAUACUGAUGAUGGAAAACUUUAUACAGCACUUGUUUAUAAUGGAGUCAGAGAUAGAACAAUUGGUCGGGCUCCUUCGUACAUUGAGCCUGUAGAUAUAUUUUCAGUUGCUGCAGAUGAAUGGAUUGGAGAAGAGCCAAGUUUUAUAUCAUCAUACACCGAAACUGUGCUUGAAGACUGGGUGUUGUUUUUCUUUCGUGAGGUUGCUUUAGAGAGCGAAACCCGUGAUAUUUAUUCAAGAAUGGCAAAAGUUUGUAAGGAUGAUAAUGGUGGUAACUCAAAUGUAUUGACCAACAAUUGGGCAACUUAUCAGAAAGCUCGUCUUCAGUGUGAAAAUAAGUAUUAUUACAAUGUUUUAUUGGAUACAGCUUUAUCUGCUGAUGGUCAAACUAUUUAUGCUGCUUUCAUUGCCAAUGAAAAUGGUGUCCCACGACCUGCUGUUUGUUCAUACGAUCUUACUCAGGCAGUGCCUGUAUUUGAGAAUCAACAGUAUUAUUCCCAAGACACUAAUACUGAUCAGUGGGAAAAAGUUGUGACUAGUCAUGACCCAUAUCCUGGCGAG